AUGGCUUCCUCUGCAUUAAACAUGCAAAACCCAAACAUAAACCUUGUGUCGUUGUCAGCUGAUUCUAUGCCCUGGAAGAGUUCUUUUGGGAAAGUAACAUUGAUGAAAAUGAGUGAGAUUUCCUUAGUUAAACACCCGGUUCUUGCUUCUAUGAAUGCACUUUCAAUUCCUACUAAAGUUGCUGAAUGUAGCUCCAAUUUGGCACAUUGUUGGAGGGAGAUUCAAGGCUUAAAUAACUGGGAAAAUCUCAUGGAACCUUUAGAUCCUCUUCUCCAGCAAGAAAUCAUCCGGUACGGUGAGUUCAUUACCGCCUGUUACAAGGCUUUCGAUCUCAAUCCAACCUCAAAACGCUUCCUAAAUUGCAAAUAUGGGAAGAAGAAGAUUUUAAAAGGAGUUGGCUUGACAGAUACAGAUUAUGAAGUCACAAAGUAUAUUUAUGCCACUCCUGAUAUUAACAUUCCGACCCAAAACAGCGCAAUGUGUGGCCGUUGGAUUGGAUAUGUUGCUGUAUCAUCGAGUAAUGAGGUAAGGAGGAUUGGGAGGAGAGAUAUAGUGAUAACAUUCAGAGGAACAGUUACAAACCCUGAAUGGAUUGCGAAUAUAAUGAGCUCAUUGACUCCGGCACGACUCGACCCACAUAACCCUCGGCCCCAUGUUAAGGACAUAGCAUGGGGAGCUCGUUGGCACUCCUACUAG